UAAUGACCUAAUCAUUUCCGAGUGCAAUUUUCCACAUUGCUAAGACAGGAAAAUAUCACCCACAUACAACUUAGCUGAACGAACUAAUAUCAUCACCAACAGUAGAAAGGGGUAUAAAACAACAUCCCACUCAACAACAUUGUCAGUCUAGGAUCGGCUCGGUUUCGGUGUAUGAAUCGACUGGUACGAAAGCAGUAAUGAUAAUUUCGAAACAUUAAUAAUUAUUUCGUAUACUCGGAGUGUUGGAAAACUGGAAAAAUAAUACGGAAACAGUGAAUAUGAAACAGUUUAAUAAUCCAAUCACAUUGGCGAUUGUAUUAACUAGUGUUCUUAGUAGACACGUGAGGUGCAUUGCAAACAGCAACAUCGGUUCGACGAUCAGUACGAGCACUGAAAGAUCUCAGCAACUGAAAGAUUUGAAAACGGAUGGAACCAGCAGCUUUUGGAGUCCACACCCGGAGUAUUACCACGAAAGAGAUAGAUACAACCGUCCGGAUCGUACGGAUUUCGUUACAUCGUAUGGGAAUUAUGAUAACAAAUAUGGCAGUGGAACGCCAACUUACGGGAACAAGGAUCGACUAGGAUACAAUUCCUUCAAUACUGGCAGCGGAGGAUCGUACUACACUCCGGGAGGUGUGUUUGACCGAAAGCAGGUACCUUAUGGCCCGCCUCAACCUGUAGAUUUAUCUCCAUAUGGUCAUGAUUACGAAAACAACUACGACUACAAUCCCCAUGGUUAUGGGCACAGUUUUGGUCACCCAUACGGCAAUGGAAAGGAACUCACUAAAUCUUUUAUUCUUCCGUUGGCUGGAGCCGCUUUACUUGGAAUCGCAACGGCACUCGUAGCCAAUCCAGUAUUACUACAUUUAGGAGCAGCCGUAGGAAAACGAAAGCGUCGAGACGUCACUAACAAUGCGCACAAUAUUGCUUAUCAAGCAUGGCUGAUGCAGCCACGAGCACCGGAUGCAUCCAAAAAUUGAACAAACAAUACUAACUUCAGUUUGAGGCUCGAAUUAUUAUAGGACAGAAAAUGACUAGAUGGAUGGAUAAACGCAACAUUUCACAAUGGCGAAAAAGAACCAUUGGUACCUCGAUUCAGUUUAAGAAUUAAUUGUAUGUAUUUAUGUAGUGAGAGUUUAAAUUAAGCAUAAUAUUUUAAAUUAUGUGAUCCCCUUUGAAAGUGUACAUCACAAACGAGCAAAUGAAAAUAAUUUUAUCAAUAUGUCAAAAUAUAAAUUAUUUGAAAAAAUAUCAUUUGUAAUGUUAUUUAUUUGAUUCUGACAUUGUUGAUAUUAAAGCUUCAGUCACAAGUAAAGCCUUUUCAGCCCUUUAUUAAUGAUAAUACAUAUCUCACUGAGAACAGAACAUCCAAGCUAGUACAAACUUUUCAAUAUGCGAACGAAUUUGGACGAAUGAGUUACCAUUGUACAAAUCUCGAACGCAAGAACCCAUACUGGAUUACUGGGCUGCUCGAAGACCCUCUUGAUUAUUGCUUCUUUGAACAACCGUAAAAUGUCUUACACACAUUGAAAUCUCUACUUGAAUGUCUGUUCUCUAUGCCUAUCAUUAGAAUAUUAUUUACUUCCGUAAUUCCGGGAUUUCUGUUUUUGUGAAAAUUGUAAAAAUACUUGACUUGUGGUUGGGAUAAGGUAAACUUGUGGUUGGGAUAGGCAAACAACGUUGAACUAUUCACUGCAAGAAAGAAAGAAGGUUGAAAAUUAAUAAGCAAUGAUCGUAGAGAAGCCGAAUAUACAAACCCAAGUAACCAUAUGCAUUAUAAUUCAGCAUUAUUUCGGCUUCAAAAAAUUGUGAAAAUAAAUUGAUUAAAUGCUACUGAAUUGUAAACAUAAUUAUAAUGGUGUUAUAAAGCUGAAAAGGGCGAUAAUUAGACUCUUCUAGGAUCUGACAGAUUAUACAUUAUUAAUUCAGAUAUAACGUAAAUAUCUACUUUAUCGAUGGAAACAAUUUCAACUGUAGAUUUAAUAUGCCAUGAUGCAAUAAGAGUGCCUAAAUAAUGCUUUGUAAACCAAUUCAAAUGUUAAAAACCUGUUUUAAUCCACCUAGUGGUGUAAUGAUGCCUUUCUCAUAUC